AUGGAGGCGGGAGGCCAUGCGUCCACACUGGAGGCAGUGUGGGGGACCAAGGCUGCAGCCAAGAAAGAACCAGACAGAACAUCACCGACAACACAUACCUUACAUGUGUGGAACAAGGUGAGACGGGCCAAUCACAUAUCUCCAUCACCAAGCCCAAUGAUCCCACUUACCAACAACCGAUCCGUAGGAGGCGGCCUCACUGCCAGAGCAUGGGGAAUACUUGGAGAGCAAGAACAAGACUACGUACCAUUCCGCAACGUCCUGGAUGACACCAACCUAAAACCACUUUCAGAACUCACCAACACGCAAACCCCGACCCCCCAGCAGUCCUUCCGCUAUACUCAAUUGAGACAUUUCUACCAUUCAUUCCGUGACAGAGCGGCUGUACACAGGGCCCUAACUCCAUUUGAGAAGUUGUGCCUAACCAACACGAGUAUCGGCAGAGCAAUCUCUUAUCUCUACCAAUACAUCUUCACGGGAGAUCGCACGGAAAUGCUCACAUUCAAGAUGCAAUGGGAACACAUCACAGACCAUGAAUUCACCCCAAACCAAUGGGAAAAAAUACUCAUCUUACACCAUAAAUCUUCC